AUGGCGACGGCAAGAAAAGGGAGAGAGCUUUUUACUAUUUUGGAAACUAGCGCGGACACAGAAAGUACAGCGGCGUGCGACAGCCAAGACUCUCCGCUUAACCUUUCGGCCGAUGUGAAGUGGUUUGAGAUUCCGUACAGAAAGCCAGACUCGGACGAGGAAGACGAACUGCGGGAGGAAGAGGAAGAGGAGGACGGCGGCGGCGGCGAGGGGGAGAAUGGAUUCACGAGCACAGCAGCAGCCGCGGCGGCGGAGACUGCAGACGCGGCCAGCUUCAUCGCAGGAGGAGGCUGCAACAUAAUUUUAGUCACAGGCAGCAAUGGGCUCAAGCACGACGAGGAGGAGUAUGCAGAGGACUGCUAUUAUUCUACCUCCACUAACUGCUCUGACACCACCUCGAACGAUUCGGAUAUUGAUUUCUCCGAUUUGGAGGAGGAGGAGGAGCGCAGGAGUUUUUUCAGCUUUGAAGAUGAUUUGGAUGAAGACUGCACUUCUCCCGACUUCUGGGGCGAGCCUGACCAGGUAAUUUCAAUCGAGCCCUUCUCCGCUGUCAGUGGCCCUCAGCACUCGCUGGGGGACGAUGCUGACACCCGUGACUAUUUCCGGAUACUCUUCCCAGAUUCUCUUUUUGAACACAUGGUAGAACAAACAAACAAUUACGCCCUCUAUCGGCAAAGGAGGAGCGGAAAAUCAGACCCCCACUGGCACCCAACUGAUGUUAGGGAGAUGAAAGCUUAUGUGGGGCUGAAUAUUCUUAUGGGCAUCAAUCAGCUUCCAGACACCGGCAUGUACUGGGCCAGUGAUAUUUUCAUCGGCAAUGCGGGCUUUAAAAAGACAAUGACGGCGAGGCGCUUUGAGAAACUCACCCAGUAUCUCCAGCUGUGCGACCGUGAGUCAGAGCCCGUGCGUGGGGAGCGUGGAUAUGAUGGCCUCUUCAAAAUCAGGCCUCUCCUUGAUGUGGUGGAGAACACCAUGUGGGACGCGUACGUGCCCAAUCGUUGUUUGACCAUAGACAAGUGUGCCAUUGUCACCAAGGGACGUUUCUCCCCCACCCAGUACAUGUCCUCCAAGCCCCUCAGGAAGGGGCUGACAGUGUGGAUGCUGUGUGACUCUCGCUCAGGCUACUGUCAUCGAGCCAAGAUCUACGUAGGCCGGCCCAGUGAAGACGAGGCAGCAGCCUGCCUCGGUUACAGAGUGGUAACCUCUUUAGUGCGCGGCCUGGAGGGUCAGUACCACCAUCUCUUCAUGGACAGCUUCUUCACCUCUGUGCCCCUCCUCCAGAGGCUGCUGAGAGACGGACAGUAUGCCUGUGGGCCCACUCAGCCCGGGCGCAAAGGUUACCCAGAGGUCCUCCGCCCACGAAACGUCGGAAAGCUGUCCCAGGGCGAGUUCUACCAAUGCCAGCGUGGCAACCUGGUUGCUACUGUGACAAGGGACGCCAAGGUGGUCAGCUGCCUGUCCACCAACUCCGCUCCAGGAAUUGUGGGCAUCAGUCCAGGCCGGCAGCAGCACGAGGCAGACAGAGAUGGUGAGAAUGACAGCAUAGACAGCUCAGGUUUGUCUUUUGGCGUGCCCCGACCUCUGCCCUUGCUCUUGUACCAGGAGAACAUGAGGGGCGUGGACCUGUGUGACCAGCUGAGGGAGUGCUACCAGGUUGGCAGGCCGUGCAAGAAGUGGUGGCGCUACUUCCUGUGGUUCUAUGUCAACCUGUGCAUCGUCAAUGCAUACAUCAUCCUGAGGGAGAGUCGGGGGGGCGCGCCACCAGCGGGCUUCAACGGCAAGCAGUUCACCCAACGUCACUUCCGCGUUCGCCUGGCACAGCAGCUGAUUGGAGACUACCAAGGGGCGAGGGGCAUGGAGCGGGCAGCACGCAAGAGACACGCAGAUUCACCCAUAGAGUAUGGACAUCGCCUAGAGCGCAUGUCGGAGCGCUCGCGCCGCUGCAGGAACUGCACCAACAAGGGACUGCGACAUGAAAGCGUGUUCGGCUGCAAGAUAUGCAAUGUCCACCUAUGCAGGGGAGGGUGCUUCUCUGAGUUUCAUAAAUAG